CUCAAGUUCAACGAAGCCCGUGAGAAAACUUUUCCUCUCUUCUGUCCAGUCUCGCGGUGAACCCAUGGUAGACACCACCGCGUUUUGUUCUUGGAUUUAAUUUCUGCGCGUUGUUAAUCCAGCAACAAGUGGCGUCAGCAUGUCCCUGGCGGAUCAGCAGUGGUGUCCCACAAGCGUCCAGGUAACGGUACUCCAAGCCAGAGGCCUCAGGAUAAAAGGGAAAAGCGGCACUAACGAUGCGUACGCGGUCAUGCAAGUGGGCAAGGAGAAGUAUCAGACCUCGGUGGUGGAGAAGAGCGUGGCACCGGUGUGGAAGGAGGAGGCCGCUUUCGACCUGCCGCCGCUGUAUCAGGGAGGUGGAGGAGGGGGCACGGAGCGCUCCACGCUGCACGUCCACGUCCUGCACCGGGCCCUGGUGGGUCCAGACAAACUGCUGGGACAGGCUGUCAUCAACCUGCUGCAGCUCAGCGAGGACAAAACCCGCAACAAGACCGAAUGGUUUAAGUUGCUGGACAAGACUGGUAAGGCAGACAAAGACAGAGGAGAGGUGCUUGUGGACAUCCAGUUUAUGAGAAACAACAUGACCGCCAGCAUGUUUGACCUUUCUGCUGCCGGCAAAUCCAGAUCUCGCCUGGGCAAGUUCAAGGACAAAGUCCGUGGCAAGAAAAAGGAAUCGGAUGCUGCAUCUACCGUGGUGCCAUCCUUCAGUCAGGUUCUGACAGACAGCGAGGAGGAGGGAAACGGGGAAGAUGAGGUAGCUGCGGGCAAGGAUGAGAAAAAGAAGAAACAUAAGAUGAAGUCUUUGUUUUCUCCCAAGUCUAACCUGCAGAAGAACAUGUCUCAGUCCAUGUCUGUUCUGCCUGCGAAGAACUCCUCACUGAGCGGCAGCCAGUCAUCUGGUCUAAAUAUGGAUUCCUCUGAAGGUAAAAAGAAGUUCAAGUUCAUGAUACAUAAACGCUCAGGCAGCUCAGACAGCAAAGAUUCCUCCUCUGGUCACCAAAAACAUGGCGCUGUGGAACAGAGUAACUUGUGCAUCAAUGGCAGUCAUGUAUACUGUGAAGAGCCGCAGCCCCGGACCUCUCGCAUCGGCUCAAACUUCAGUCUGACCAGUUCAGGCCAUGGAUCCAUGGAAGACGUCCCUGAAAGCUCUCCUCCAUCUGAUUCACUAAGGGCAGUGAGGCAAUAUUCACCCUGGACAGAGGAGGAGGAAGAGACAGCUGAAGUAGAAAAUAUAACAGAGGAUGUGGGUGAACUAAGAAGGGAGGAAGAGGAGAGGGUUAGGAGACAAAAAAUAGAGCUUGAGAGGUUGGCUGAGGAGAAGAGGAGACAAGAGGUAGAAAAAAGGACUGAAGAAGAGAAAGUUAAAAGGGAGGAAGAGGAAAGGAUUAGAAGGGAGAAAGAAGAGAAAGCUCAGGAAGAGAGGAGACAAGAGGAAGAGGAGAUGGUGAGAAGACAAGAAAAAGAGCUUGAGGAAAAGAAGAGGCUAGAGGAACAAGAAAGGAGGAAAAGGGAGGAAGAGGAAAGGAUUAAGAACGAGGAGAAGGCUAGGAGGGAAAAGGAAGAAUAUGAGAGAUUGUUAGAGGAAAAGAGGAAACUAGAGGAGGAAGAAAGGCAAAGGAUCGAGGCAGAAGAGAAAAUUAGAAGGGAGGAAAAGGAAAGGAUAAGGGUGGAGGAAGAGAGGACGAUGAAAGAAGAGGAAGAGAGGGUUAGGAGGCAAGAAGAAGAGCGUGAGAAGUUAGCAGAGAAAAAGAGGAUAUUAGAAGAACAAGAAAGGAGAAUUGAAGAAGAAAAAAGGCAAGAAGAGGAAAGGAUUAGGAUGAAGGAGGAAACAGCUCAGGAAGAGAGGAGGAGACAAGAGGAAGAGUGUAAAUUAGCAGAGGAAAAGAGGAGACUGGAGGACGAAAGAAGGAUUGAAGAAGAGAAAGUUAGAAAGGAGGAGAGGGCGCAGGAAGAGAGUAGGAGACGAGAGGAAGAGGAGAUGGUGAGAAGACAAGAAAAAGAGCUUGAGGAAAAGAGGAGGCUAGAGGAACAAGAAAGGAGGCAAAGGGAGGAAGAGGAAAGAAUUAAGAAGGAGAAGGCUAGGAGGGAAAAGGAAGAAUAUGAGAGAUUGUUAGAGGAAAAGAGGAAACUAGAGGAGGAAGAAAGGCAAAGGAUUGAGGCAGAAGAGAAAAUUAGAAGGGAGGAAGAGGAAAGGAUAAGGGUGGAGGAAGAGAGGAGGAUGAAAGAAGAGGAAGAGAGGGUUAGGAGGCAAGAAGAAGAGAGUGAGAAGUUAGCAGAGAAAAAGAGGAUACUAGAAGAACAAGAAAGAAGGAGAAUUGAAGAAGAAAAAAGGCGAGAAGAGGAAAGGAUUAGGAAAGAUGAGAGGAGGAGACAAGAAGAGCAGCUUGAGAGGUUGGCUGAGGAGAAGAGGAGACGAGAGGAAGAAAGAAAAAGGACUGAAGAAGAGAAAGUUAAAAGGGAGGAAGAGAGAGCUCAGGAAGAGAGGAGGAGAGAAGAGGAGAAGGCUAGGAAGGAAAAGGAAGAAAUGGAGAGAUUAGCAGAGAAGAGGAGACUAGAGGAACAAGAAAAGAAGAGUAUUGAGGAAGAGGAGAGGAUUCGGUUGGAGGAGAAAGCUAAAAAGGAGAUGAAAGAAGAGCAGGCCAUGAAGCUGGAGAAAGAGAAGUUAGUAGGAGAUGCAGAAGAACAGAAGAAGAGAGAAAAUAAAACAAAACACAAAGCUGCAGGGAAGAAAUCUGAAGUGGCUGUGGAGAGCCCUGCAGAAGUCCCUUCUAAUCCAUUUGAUGAAAACUUUUCAAAUAAUCCCUUUGAGGAGAUUCCCGACUCACCUGCUGGAGCCCACAGCAGCACAACCAAAGUGUCAACUGUCCAACAAGGGUGUCAAUCAGCUGUGUCAUCGAUGGGAAGCAAAACCGUUUCCACGGAUGAAAAGGAUCUUAUUAGUUAUCAACGGGAGAAGCGACCGGCUCCUCAGCCUCCAGGAAGGAUUCAAGCUGAGAGUCAGAGGGAGCAGGACGGAUCUACACCACAUCUGGCACAAAUUAGCAAGCAGAGUAAAGACAAAGACGUCAAAGCCGUCAGCGUGCUCCCUCAGCGCUCAGUGCAAAUGAUUGCUCCUCUGAGUAGGUCUCCCACAGAUACAAAGUACACCCAGAGCUUGCCGCAAAGUAGUACCACCAAAGGAACAACAAAUGUAGGCAAACACAGUAAACGUCCUGCCCCGUCUAGACCCCGUUCUGUGGAGGAAGGGCCAUCAUCUGAACCCAAAACAGCCCCGUCUUCUGAUGGCAACAUUUCCCAUGAAUGUGGCUCAGAGGCAAAACAAGAGCAGAUUGUUUAUGGCUUAAAUCCAUUUGAAGACGAUGAAAAUGAGCUCACAUCCCAAGAUGAUACAACAACCUCUGGUGAAACUGGUUCAAUACAAUGGCCUCUGGCCGUGUCACAAGCUGCCGAUAAAGACGCUGCCUCUCAAACAAAAAUCAAAUCCUCAAAGGUGGCCCGCGCUCCCCCACUUCCUGCCACAUCGAGCAACCAAAACGCUGAAGGAGGCCAUGUUACAGAUGAUACAGGUGUAACCGUACCUGAUAACAGUGUGACCCACGCAUGUGACCCCAAGUCAGAGGCCGUAAGUCGUGUGCACGUCCACGAGACUCCACUACAAGAGUCCCGGCCUGCGACAGUGCAGAGUGCCGGGGAGGAGGCAGGUGGGAAGAAGGAGGGGCCUCCUACAACUUCACGCAGGCUUCAACCUGUAAAACCCCUUAAUCCUUUGGAACAGAAGUCUGUCUCAGUCGUUCAAGGGGGAAAAGAUAACAAAUCCACAGGAAUCCUUUGUGAAGUUCAGAAGAAAACAAAGGUAAAUGACAGCGGGCUGAAAGGGCCGUACUCCCAGCUGACUCAGGCGGAACUCAUCUCUCUGGUGCUUAAACAGAAAAACCAGCUCUCAGAGAGAGACAAAAAGAUAUCAGAGCUGGAGCAGUACAUUGACAACUUGCUUGUGCGUGUCAUAGAAGAGCAACCGAGUAUUCUCAUGUCCAUGAACUCUCAGAAGAAACCUGUCUAGGUGGAUUCACAGCUGAUACUUUAUUCCCACUGUAUCUAAUCAGUUCAGACCAAGUAAUCUGACAAGACUACAGCAGAAACGUCACUUUGAAAUACUUUGUGGAUUAUAUUAUGAAAGGUAAUGGGAGUAAAACUUUAGGUUUACAAAGUGUGAACAGUUUAGAGGUAAAGUUCAACAUAUUGGUAAAUGAAUAAUCAUGAAGAUUGUAAAUGGAUUUUGUAAAAGAAAUCUUGCAGAGGCUAUUGCCGUUUCAGCUAAGAGCCUUUCAAUUGGAGGAUAAUGUCAACUUGCAAUCAAAGAUGUUAAUGUGUACAAAGAUAUUCUACAUUUUUCUAAAUAUUUAGUAAUAUUUUUGUCACUUUGCUACAGUAUGCACAUGUGUGACGAUGAAACAACCUCUUUUGUGUAUUUGUUAUGACUAUAAUCAUGUUGAGCAUACAUUUCUUUCCAGGAAUUACUUUGAUAAAUGUUUCUGUAUUGUCACUGUAUUUAAUGGUAAAAGAAAGACUGUUGGACAUAGACUGAUAGCUUCCUGUCCCCUGGAGAUAUCUCCGUAGGAACAGCCUUAUUUUAAUGUCAAAACUAUGCACUAGUUAUGCAGAUAAAGUUUCUUUCUUGUACUGAAUGCCAAAGUGUGCAUAAUUCUACUAAUCUCCAAAAGGCACUUUACUGAGCUUACACUAUUAACAUUAUGUACACUGAAUCACUGUACUGAGGUUACUGUAUUAUGAUAUUAAAAUAUGCUAAAUAAAAUGCAUUUCUUUUUUGUUCUAAUAAAAGCACAUUUUAAGUUUC